CCUGCUGUAUUUCGGGAAAUGGAAGGCACACAGGUUAUACAGAAAGAAGCACUGCGAUGUGAUGUCUGCAUGGGAUUGUGCACGUAUGCUUCUGUGCUGAGAAUGGCCUGCUCUACUCGUCUGGAUAGCGCAAGACUCGUAAAUGGCCUCCUCAGAAGACGCCGGGCAUCUUUUGGUCCCAACCUCAGUUACCCCAGUCGUCCUAGUCUUCAGCCCCUCCUCACCCUUAGAUCCACCCCGAGGAUCUACUCCAGCAUCUUCAAGCGACCCUGAGAACAGCGGCAACACGCUCAAUAGGAACGACGUUAGCAACAACACGUUCACUCGCUCCAUCUCCGCAAUCUCUCUCUUCUCACACAACUCUCGUGCUUCCAAUCGUAUCUCGGUCGCAUCCUCCCGCCGCAGUGUAUCCUCCAUUCGCAGCCAUGUCUCCAGCUUUCAAAAUGUCCGCUUCGACCCGGACCCUAUCAAGGACAUCUCUUUUUGGGGAGGUCUCGCACUCCUCAUCUCCAACAUGACCGGCCCUGGACUUGUCACGCUGCCAAUUGUCGCCCAGUCCGCAGGAUGGCUGCCGACCGUCCUUGUCUUCGGUCUCGUCGGCAUCCUCAGCGCACUCAGCAGUCUAUUUAUCUGCGAGGCCAUGACUGAAGUGCCUGGCAACGAACAUCUUCAAUCCAAU